AUGCCUAGAUUAAAUAUGCUGAAAAAUAGUCACAAAUAACGAAAUAUCCUUUUAAGAUCUUAAAAAGAUAUAACUAUUAAGAAUAAUUAUUCUGUCGAUUCUAAAUGUGAUAUUUAAUAAAACGAUUCAGCUAAUACUUUUCUUAAAAUUCCAUAAAAAAAGCAUUUUCUUCUCAAACAUUUUAAGCUAUCCAUUAAGAAUUAACUAACAUUCUUUAGAUCAAUAGUAGUCUCCCUCUCUAACUAAUUAAUCAAAUUCAUCUAAUUUAAAUGA